AUGUAAUCAGGAUAUAUUAAUGCAGAAAUGAGUGAUUUCAUAAUUUAGCAUACAACCUUCAUUAAUAUUUAACCGAAUUUUGAUUUGGAUAAGCUUCAAUUCAUUUCUGGAUAUUUUGGACCAUUUAAAAUUAAUUAAAUUGUAGAGGUUCCAUUAUGGGUGGCAAUUGAAUUGAAGAAAAAGAAUAAAUGCAGAGUAAUACCUCCUGAAUGGUUAUCUAUUGAAAGGUUGUAAUAAAAACUUGAUGAGGAAACCAUUAAUGAGUCGGAAUUGGCAAGGAUGGAAUUAUAUUAUUUUGAGAUUUCUUCGAUUUUGUUCUCUUAUUGCAGAGAUGAUAUCAAGGAUGAUGAUAAAAUCAAAUUAUUGUUGGAGGACAUCAAGACAAGAAGAGAAAGUAAAAUUUAGAAGAAAAUAGAGGAAUUUAUUGCAAGAGGGUCUGAGGCUCUAAAAAUAAAUAACUUAAAUCAACAUGAAAGAAAUAAAAUUUACUCUAAUUUUUAUGGAGAUUUAAAAAAAUUGAGGUAAUUGAAAUUACUAGCAGAGAAUUGA